AUGCCUGGAAAGGUACUCCCCGUGUUCACCCCGGCCGAGAUCGAACUCCAUAACAACGCCAAGUCAUGCUAUGUGACGUUGGGAUCCAAAGUCUACGAUGUUACUGAGUUUGUGGACGGUCACCCCGGGGGUGAAGACCUCGUCCUUGAGUAUGCCGGCAAAGACGUAACUGAAAUCUUGCGCGACGAGUCCUCCCACGUCCACUCCGACUCGGCUUAUGAAAUACUGGAGGAGUGCCAUAUCGGCUUUGUGGCUUCUGAAUUCAAUGGGAAAGCUCGAACGGUUGAUGCAUCACAAACACUGCAAGUGGCGAAUGGUUCUGGAGCAGUCUAUGCCACGACCGGGAUGUCCUGUGAAGAAGACCUGUCUGUCGAUACAGACUAUACCCAAGACUUCCAGACGCACAAGUUCCUCGACCUUAGCAAGCCCCUUCUCAAACAACUUUGGUUUAGUGGCUUCAGCAAAGAAUUCUAUCUUGAACAAAUUCAUCGCCCGCGUCACUACAAAGGAGGGGAGUCUGCGCCCUUGUUCGGCAACUUUCUGGAGCCACUCAGCAAGACCGCAUGGUAUGUCGUCCCCAUCAUGUGGCUCCCGCCUGUCGCCUACGGCACCUUUGUUGGGUUUUCGGGGCUUGCGAAUGCGCCUGCUGCUGCUGGAUACUGGGUCGGUGGGCUCUUUCUUUGGACUCUAAUCGAGUAUCUGAUGCAUCGAUUUCUGUUCCACAUUGAUCACUAUCUUCCCGACAAUCGUGUUGGACUGACUCUCCACUUCUUGCUCCACGGUAUUCAUCACUACUUGCCGAUGGACAAGUAUCGCUUGGUCAUGCCCCCAACUCUUUUUGUUGUAUUGGCAACGCCGUUCUGGAAGCUUGCUCAUGCUGUCUUCUUCUACAAUUGGUAUGCUGCUUUGACAGUGUACUGUGGCGGUAUCUUCGGCUAUAUCUGCUACGACAUGACCCACUACUUCCUUCAUCACCGCAAUCUUCCCAUGUACUACAAGCAACUUAAAAAGUAUCAUCUUCAGCACCACUUUGCAGACUUUGACAAUGGCUUUGGUGUCACCAGCCGCUUCUGGGAUCAGGUGUUUGGCACGGAGCUGGAGACUCCCGCCCUCAAGGGUGCGAAGGCCCAGUGA